UUCAUGGCAGUCUUCAAUGCCAGUAGCAUCCCUUCCUCCACAUUCUACCUUACUGGAAUUCCAGGUUAUGAGGCAAUACACCACUGGGUCUCUAUCCCCUUCUGCAUCUUCUACUUUAUUGGAAUAGCAGGUAACUGCACCAUCCUUCAUGCUAUCCGGACUGACCAAAGUCUCCAUGAACCCAUGUACUAUUUCUUGGCAAUGUUGUCUUUUGCAGACAUGGGCAUGUGCCUUCCCACCCUUGUAUCUGUCCUCCGAGUGUUGUGGUCCAUUUCUAGGGAGAUUGAAUUCAAUACUUGUGUGAUACAGAUGUUUUUUAUCCACUCCUUCUCCUUCAUGGAAUCAGCAGUGCUCCUAGCAAUGGCCUUUGAUCGCUAUAUAGCCAUCUGCCAUCCCCUGAGGUAUACCACCAUCCUCACUCCACAACGUAUUGCUAGAAUUGGUAUAGUUGCUUUUCUUCGGAGCUCCCUCCCUGUCAUUCCAUUGAUGAUCCGGCUGACGUACUUCCCAUUCUGCCAUUCCCAUGUCCUCUCUCAUUCUUACUGCCUGCAUCAGGAUAUAAUACGCCUGGUUUGUGCAGAUACUAAAUUUAACUCUAUCUAUGGUUUGGUUGUAAUUGCUCUAUACUGGGGAUUAGAUUCUCUGGGCAUCUUGGUGUCUUACAUCUUCAUCCUUCGCUCUGUGUUGAACAUUGCAUCCUGGGAGGAGAGGCUGAAGGCCCUGAACACAUGUGCCUCUCACAUCUGUGCUGUUCUCAUCCUCUAUGUGCCCAUGAUUGGCCUUUCCAUUGUCCAUCGUUUUGCCAAGCAUGCCUCUCCUCUUGUGCAUAUCCUUAUGGCUGACAUCUACCUGCUAGUGCCUCCUGUUCUCAAUCCCAUCAUCUACAGUGUGAAAAACAAGAAAAUUCGUAGGGGAAUCAUUCACCUGAUCACCCCCAAGAGAAUCCACUCCACCCUGAGGUAG